AUGGCUGAGGUGUCUGCACCACCACCCCCACCACCACCUCCACCACCACCACCGCCAAUGCAACCGUUACCGCUAGCGCGUGGGGGAAAACGUAGGAACAAAAGGAGGGGAAAGGGAAUGAGAAAUAAUGCACCAACACAAAUGCGGGUCGAAAAGUCUGAUCCAGUCCAACCAAAGAGUUUUAUUCCAACUCCUCCGGUAUCUGGAUAUCAGCCUUAUUAUGGUGCAGGUGCUCACAUGGUUGGAGUUGGACCUUUUAGCGGCCCUCCAAUCCCACCAAAGGUUUACUUUGUUAUGAGUUUUAUUCCAACUCCUCAGGUAUCUGGAUAUCGGCCUUGUUAUGGUGUGGGUGCUCGCAUGGUUGGAGUUGGACCUAUUGGCAACUCUCCAAUCACACCAAAGAGUUUUAUUCCAACUCCUCCGGUAUCUGGAUAUCGGCCUUAUUAUGGUGCGGGUGCUCACAUGGUUAGAGUUGGACCUUUUAGCGGCUCUCCAAUCCCACCAAAGAGUCUUAUUCCAACUCCUCCGGUAUCUGGAUAUCGGCCUUGUUAUGGUGCGGGUGCUCGCAUGGUUGGAGUUGGACCUAUUGGCGACUCUCCAGUCGCACCAAAGGUUUACUUUGCUAUGAUUCUUUCUAGUUUUAUUCCAACUCCUCCGGUAUCUGGAUAUCGGCCUUAUUAUGGUGCGGGUGCUCACAUGGUUGGAGUUGGACCUUUUAGCGGCUCUCAAAUCCCACCAAAGGUUUACUUUGCUAUGAUUCUUUCUAGUUUUAUUCCAACUCCUCCGCUAUCUGGAUAUCAUCCUUGUUAUGGUGCGGGUGCUCGCAUGGUUGGAGUUGGACCUUUUGGAGACUCUCCAAUCGCACCAAAGGUUUACUUUGCUAUGAUUCUUUCUAGUUUUAUUCCAACUCCUCCAGUAUCUGGAUAUCGGCCUUAUUAUGGUGCAGGUGCUCACAUGGUUGGAGUUAGACCUUUUAGCAACUCUCAUCCUUCCCCAAAUUUUAUGCCACCUCAACCUCAGAUGGCUAUGAAUGGAUUAGUUGGAAACCAGAAUGUGAUACAGAGCCCUGCAACAUUUUUGGGCAUGACCAGAAGCGGAACUGGAGUAUUCCAUCCUGCUCCUCAAGCUGGAGCUGAACCUAGCUAUCCGCGCCCCAACAAUAUAGGAAGGAGGAACGUACAAGGAGCUGAAGUCACUCAUCAGACUCGGAGAAGCGAAAACUCAAAAGGGAAUGGUAGCUUUGACAAGAAGGAUGUAAGCAAUGAACAUGCCCUUUGUUCCAAGUUAGGCGUGCCUCUUGAGUGGACGUAA